AUGAAGUUCAAUCCCUUCGUGACUUCUGACCAAAGCAAGAACCGCAAAGGGCAUUUCAAUGCACCGUCUCACAUUCAGAGGAAGAUCAUGUCUUCUCCUCUUUCCAAAGAGCUGAGACAGACGUGUAACGUUCAGUCUGUGCCCAUCCGAAAGGACGACGAAGUUCAGGUUGUUCCAGGACACGACAAAGGCCAGCAGAUCGGCAAAGUGGUCCAAGUGUACAGGAAGAAAUACGUCAUUGACAUUGAGCGAGUCCAGCGAGAGAAGGCUAACGGCACAAUUGUCCACGUGGGCAUCCACCCCGGCAAGGGGGUUAUCACCAGGCUAAAGCUGGACAAGGCCCGCAAGAAGAUCUGGAGAGGAAAGCCAAGUCCCGGCAAGUAGGAAAGGAGAAGGGCAAAUACAAGGAAAGCCAAGUCCCGGCAAGUAGGAAAGGAGAAGGGCAA